GGAAGCCGGGUAGAGAGUUGCUUUAACGUAAAAGAAUAGACUUACGGCUUUUGCAAAGUGUGAUGGCUCCGUCGCUGGUCAAGUAAGUGCUCGCUUACUUUCCGUCAGCUUGGAUCUGCAAUGCCUGAGUGCUAAUGCCUGGACAGAAUUGUGUUGACUCCCUCAAACACCACCCCGAAGUGGCAGCUUUUGUCUCCUAACAUGGCCAUAGCAUCAAGAAAAGCUGUUUUGUCUAGAACUAUAUGGAUCCGUUUUGCCGCUUUUAUCAGGAAAGCUCUGAUACCUGAUGCAGCUGUGUGCUGUGCUUCCCCCAAAUCUACAUAUUCAGUUCUUCCUGAUGACUAUAACUGCAAAGUGGAACUUGCUGUAACAUCAGAUGGGAAGACGAUUGUUUGCUUUCACCCUUCAGUGGAUAUUCCAUAUGAACACACAAAACCCAUUCCACGACGAGAUCCAGUAGAAUAUAAAGAAGAAACACAUGAUCAAGUGCUGAAACAUAGAUUGGAAAAAGAGGAGCUCAAGAACAAGAAUGGUCCUACAAUUGAAGAGCUUAGUAAAAUGUUUUAUACAACAAAACAUCGCUGGUAUCCCGUGGGACAGUACCACAUGAGACGCAAGAAAACCGGCCCCAAGGAUAGGUGAACAUGACAUUUACACAUCAUAUUUACUGUCAUAGAAAAUAAUCUCUCCACAGAUGGUGCUCUUUAAACAUAUGUAUGCAUAUUACAGUUUCAUUAAACUACUUUCCUUCCUUA